GUUGCAUUGCCUCCAACAAAGUCAGAGUCUUUUGCAGAGACGCUGAAAGUUGCAGGGCCCAAGCCUGCGCCAGUGCAUCCCAUUGCCCGACCUAAGUUCGGGGAGUAUAGUCAAGAGAGGCAGCCCACUUUCGGGUUCACGGAUGAGGAGGGCCCGAAUGGGAAAGAACCUAAGCCAGUCCCCGUUGAGGUAAGCCAGCUCAAGGAAGCCAAGGAAGAUAUGAGCAACAAGAACAACAACGGAGCACCUCCUCAAGAGCCCUUGGAGAACCCAGGAGACGUGAAAACCGAAAUGGAUAAGAAGAAAAUCCUCAAGCAACAGGAAGGAAUCAACGACUCUUCCAAGCCCUCGACACCCCCACCUACCAGCCCUGUCAAGCCCUCCCCCCUCGUUACUUCCCAGGGCGAGAACAUACAGCUGUCUGCCAUCCCAAUGGAAGACGAUGAAACGGCUGUAGCACCGCCAAAAAGUGAAUUAAGCCUAAGCCGUGGAGCCAUUGACAAAAGGAUGAGACGUGUGUUUACGCCCAGGACAAACGGGACUUUCAAAGUCCCGGCCAAGUUUGUCCAAGAGUAUCAGAAAAAAGGAUCGGCCCGCAAGUCUCUGGAAAAGAUACUGGCCAGCUGUGGAUAUUGCGUGGAAGAGUUCACACAAGAGCUUCAUGAGAUAGCCGAGACAUACUUUGAAGAUGAGCUUUUGAUCGAGGGAGAAUUUCUCAGCGAACAGAGAAUGCUGGAUGAUGGACUGAGUGAGAAGCGGGUAAAUGCGAUCAAAGCCUAUUGUUGCGAAAAUCCCGAGAAGUUCUUGAGACGGGACCGCUACGAGCCAACGGUGAUCCUGUAUUGGUGUGAGAAGAUGAUCAAGGCUACUCACAAGUGUGAGCGCAACAUUCGGCGCCGCACCUCCACGUUUGAGGCUGAUGGAGUGGCAGCAGCAUCAGAUGAUACAUCCCAGUGCCCGCUGGCCAGCAAGCCUUCCGUAGGAGACCUCGGGGACAUUGAUGUGAAUAAGGAGGUGAAGCCUACUGAGGCCAAGGAGAUCCAGGAGCUUCGAAAAAAAGCCGGCGUUCCUGACAUAGACCCUGAUGCCCUCCCAAGCACAUACGCGAUGAAGAUGACGGCCUGUGCUUCGAAGCAUGACAAGAAGCUGACGGAUAUGAUUACAAUCUUCAACCAGAUCCCGGCAAAGGAUAUCACGCCUGUUCAGAAGCGGAUGAAGGAGAAGCUCGAGCAACUCCACAAAAACCUGGACGAGAAGGUGGAAGAGAUUACAACAAUCCAUGCGGAUGGGGUGAUAGAUGGCUUUGGUAAAUCGGCAGUGGAGUCUCAGGGUGCUCAGAGUCGGGGCAGGACCUUGCAGCCCAAAAAGCCUGUGCAGGCAGAGGCAACGGUCAAGCGAGGCUCCAAUGCCCCAAAGGCGGUGAUGAUGGUGCUUCUGCUCAGCAACGUGAAGCUGGUGCUCUUAUGCACCGUCUUGCUGAGAUGGCUGCCUGUGCUGAUCUGGUUCGUGUCAGCGAAGCGGCGCGAGCAGAUUCCUGCCAUUGCGAUGCUGUUGCGAGUGCUGCAUGUCUUCCCAAAGGAGAUGCAGAAAAAGGGUGAACCUUUGCGAAUACCUUACAUCAAGCCAUCGGACUACUUGAAGAAGCUCCUCGAGUGCUAUCCUGAAGUUGUAUGGGGUGAUGGUUUUGGGGAUGAACAACAAAGGUGCAAAUCCUUCUGGAAAGCGUAUUAUUGGUCCCAUCCCACACACACAGCCUUUUCGACCUUCAGUGAAAAUGAAUUGGUUCACCUGUUGCCCAUACAAGUUCAUGGCGAUGAAGGAACUGGCUCUAAAAAGCAACCGGUCAGCAUCUUCAACUGGCAGACUGUUUGGGGUCAGCAGACCGACAAGACCAAGCACAUUAAAGCACAAAAGUUCGGUGAGUGCAAGUCCUGUCGAGACGGCAGCAGCAUCUCCAAGUGCUGCAGCGUGCCUAGGAAGUGCCCGAGGGGAUCGGCUUCUACUAUGGAGUUGAGUCCUGAAGAUUUGCUAGAACUGCAGACGCAGUUGCCAACAUCGUCUGGGCACUCAUUUCUGCAAAGGCAUUUGGUCUUUGUUUUGCCGACUUAUUUGGUCAAGAAAGGGCCUGAAGUUCUGGAGGCUGUGUUGUUGGCUACUGCGCAAGAUCUGAAGUUGCUCUUUACUGAGGGAAUACGAGUUCGCGACAAACACAUCUACGCUGCUGUGGUUUCCUUAAAAGGCGAUGCCAAGUGGCAUGCGGGUGUAGGACACUUCACACGCUCUUACGCCCGUUUGGGGGAUGUUACUUCAAGGCCUAUUUGUCCGGAAUGUCAUGGCGGGGAGUGUGGCAUGCCGUUCGAAGAUACAAGCAGCGAUCCUUGUUGGGUCAGGACGCUAUACGAAACGGUUCCAUGGGUGAACCCUGGCAGUCUGGAGGAAAUCCCAUUUGACAGCAGUUGCCCAUCGCGCAAGUACAAGCGAGACCCACUGCAUGUGUUCAAAAUCGGACUAGCGAGAGACAUAACUGGUUCAGGCAUACUGCUGCUGUGUCGACGGUUGAAGUGGUUCGAUGAACAUGGUGACUCGAUUGCCAUGGGCAACAGACUCAAGCGUGCCCACAGCCGGUUCGCUCUUUGGGCAGCAGCCACUGGCAACACCCCAAGCUUGAGAGCCUUCACAAAGGAUACUCUACAUCUAGCUCGAGUUGACAGUUUCGCUUUCACAAACUACAAAGGAUCUGACAGCAUGCUUCUCUUGCAAUGGCUGAGAACUGAGCUUCGGCUUCUGCAGCGGCAGGAGCGUUAUCUGCACCAUGAAGACAUUGACCUUGUGAAAGCGUUGAUCCAGGUUUGUGAUUCGAGUUUGGCAUUCUUUCGCAUUCUCUACAGUCAUGGACUUUGGCUUCCCAAAAAGUGUGUGGUGAACUUACGGGACCACACCCUACGCAUCAGCCGCGGCUACAACUUCCUCGCUGCGCAAUGCCUAAAUCGCUCAUUCCCUGGCUUUGGCCUCAAGUCAACAAUUCAUUCAAUGCAUCAUUUCGCAGUUGAUCUCGACAUUGCCCUUCAGAAUGGUGCACCAUGCUAUCCGAGCUUUCUUAUGCAGGACUGUUCCCAAUGUGAAGACUUCAUUGGAAGAACAGCGCGCGUCGCGCGUGCUGUACAUGCUAGGACAACUUCCUUGCGUUGCCUCCAGCGGCAUUUGAUUAAGAAGAAGAUGCUCUUGAGAAACCGAACUUUCAAUGGAGCUGUUCUGAGUACCAGGCUGAAAGCUGGGCAUUGA